AUGGGUGGUUGUCUCUGUUGUGAAACAAAGCGAUCAGGCAACUUGGGGCAAUCUGGGAGCACCCCACUUACCACAGGAACAAAAUCAGAGAGUAAAUCUGCAAAAGCAUUUGCAUUCGCAGAGAUUGCAAGUGCUACAAAGAAUUUUAGGCGACAACUUCUGUUGGGUAGAGUGGGUUAUGGGCGAAUGUACAAAGGUCAACUGAGUAAUGGCCAAGAUGUUGUGGUGAAACUGCUUCAGGAAAAUAGCAUACAAAGAGACCAAGAAUUUUUGGAUGAGGUUGAGAUGCUGUCUUUCUUAAGUCACCCAAAUAUUGUGAGCAUAAUUGGUUACUGUUGUGAACGUGAUCAGCGGCUACUUGUUUACGAGUAUAUGCCAUUGGGGUCUUUGGAUCAUCUCUUACACGAUCUUCCUCUUGAAAGGGAACCCCUUGACUGGAAGACAAGGAUGGAGAUAGCAACUGGUAUGGCAAAGGCAUUGGAGUAUUUGCAUGAUUGGGCAGACCAACCUGUGAUAUGUGGAAACUUAAAAUCAUCGAAGGUCCUCUUGGACGAGCAUUAUAAUCCCAAGUUGUCAGGUGUUAGGUUGUUUGGUCCCCUUGGUGAUUACGUUCACGGGUUAAGGCGAGGGGUGGGAAAAUCUUGUGCGAGUGCCCCAGAAUUUAUAACCACUGGUUACCUAACUACGAAAUGUGAUGUGUACAGUUUUGGAGUGGUCCUCCUCGAACUCAUUACGGGGCGCAAGGUUGUUGAUUAUGAAAUGCGUCAUCUUGUUAAGUGGGCGCGACCUCUUUUUGCGGACCGUAAUCAGUUCGAUAGAUUGGCCGACCCUCUACUUAAGGGGCGUUUUCCAAAGGGAGGGCUAUAUGAAGCAGUUGCCGUUGCAGCAAUGUGUUUGCAUGAAGAACCUGAUAGAAGGCCCGCGAUGAGGGAAGUCGUUACUGCUCUCCAAUACCUGGCCUCACGCCCAAAUGAUUAUACCAGACCUCGUCCACCCCCAUCAUCAUCAUCAUCAUCCCCAUACCCAACUGCUGUGGAUAUAACCUGCCGUUGA